GCCAGAAGAGGGCAUUCCGAUUCUGCCUGACAAAGUUGCAUUGACACGCGGACGUGAUUAACCACGGCGUCACGCCUGCAUUCCAAUACCGAGCGGCGACGAGACCGAGAGGAGGAUUUGGACCAAAACAAUUAAACAGAUGGAUAUUCGGAUAGGUGAUUGUUCCGCGUAACUCCUUUCACGGCGGUUUCGCAGUGACUUGUGGACAGCCGACCGUUACUUUUGUUUCCUUCUGUGCGCCAUGCGCGGAUCCGACUGAGCAUCCUCGAGGAUAGAGACGCCAGGGGUUCACUUGGUUGAGGAAUCUAAGGGCUGCUUGACUCAUUUUGGAAAAUAACGUCUUGUUGGUUUUUCUGUGUGCACCAUGCCACCCGAUUUGUGAAGUUUCUUUUGCGACAGGAUUUCCCCGGAUUCUUCGUGUAAGACUGACACGAAUCACUUGGCCGUGGCUCCGUUAUUGUCUGCGCCUACUGCAGUACUCUUUUUGGCUAUAACUUGAAAAAAAAGAGCGAUUCUCCCGCUGCGAAGACAUGGAUACGGAGUUUUGAAACCGGAUAUUUCUUUUAAUCUGGAGUUGGAAGUAAAUGACAUUCGCCCCGGUUUGGCUGCGCGGUUAUAGAUGCAGAACUAAACCGGAUAGCACAACCAGGUCCGGGAGAGUAAAAAAAGGGCAGGUGCGCUCUGGAAAUCGGCGGCUGCGCGGAGAGACCGGGCUAGUGGAUUAGGACGGUACCUGUCUGUGGAGAGCGCGUCAUGCGGACUCGGAUGUCGCGCACCAGAAGCCAUUAAAACCUGUAGGCUGGAGCUGACAGAGACGCGGACAUGGGCUCAGCUUUGCGGCGUCGCUGGUUAGUGGUCCAACUCCUGAUGCAGGUGUGGCUGGCGGCAAAUCCAUCUCUGAGUGAGCGCGCAUGCCCCAAGAGUUGUCGUUGUGAUGGAAAAAUUGUCUAUUGUGAGUCAAGCGCCUUUCGUGAUGUCCCCAAGAACCUCUCAGGAGGCUGCGAAGGCCUGUCUUUACGGUACAACAGCCUUGUCAGUCUUCGCGCAGGCCAGUUUGUAGGCCUCAACCACCUCAUCUGGCUCUACUUGGACCACAAUUACAUUGCCUCUGUGGAUGGAUUGGCCUUUCAGGGGGUCCGCAGGCUCAAAGAGCUGAUCCUGAGUUCCAACAAAAUCACGUCGCUCCACAAUACCACAUUCCACCCUGUCCCCAAUUUGCGUAACCUGGACCUGUCAUACAACAAGUUGCAAGCCUUGCAGCCUGGGCAGUUCCAAGGCCUACGGAAGCUUCUCAGCCUUCACAUACGCUCAAAUUCUCUAAAAACUGUCCCAGUGCGUCUGUUCCAAGAUUGCAGAAAUCUUGAGUUCCUGGAUCUGGGUUACAACCGCUUGCGCAGUAUCACUCGGAAUGCCUUUUCAGGCCUAGUCAAGCUCACUGAGCUGCAUUUGGAGCAUAACCAGUUCUCAAAGAUCAAUUUCUCCCACUUCCCUCGCCUCUACAAUCUGCGGGCACUUUACUUGCAGUGGAAUCGAAUUCGCUCAAUGAACCAGGGCCUCACCUGGACCUGGGCCUCCAUCCAGAAACUGGAUCUGUCUGGAAAUGAUUUGAUGGAAGUGGAUGCUGUUGUUUACCAAUGUCUACCUAACCUGCAGACCCUCAACCUGGACUCCAACAAGCUGACCAAUGUCUCGCAGGAGGUGGUUGAUGCCUGGAUCUCUUUGACUACGAUAAGCUUAGCUGGGAAUGUAUGGGACUGUGGGCCUGCCAUGUGUCCUCUGGCGGCCUGGCUGAGAAACUUCAGAGGGGCAAAGGAGACCACAAUGAUCUGUGCCUCCCCCAAGAAAGCCCAGGGGGAGAAAGUGAUGGAUGCUGUCGAAGCUUUUGGUGUUUGUCAAUCAAAUCCAGCGACAACGCUCACUGUGAGUAUCCCUCCAACCCCAUCCAGAGUCCCUUUGCAGACUGAACGCCGACCAGCCAUUCUGGCUUCACCUACUGGUUCUGGAAAGAGAGGAGAGGGAUCUAUCAGGGGUCCCACAUUGUCAGCUGUUACCCCACCUGUGGCCCUUCCCCCAGAGCAAGACAUGGAGCCUGUGUCCUUUCACAAGAUUGUGGCUGGAAGCGUUGCCCUUUUUCUAUCUGUUGCGAUGAUCCUGUUGGUGAUCUACGUGUCUUGGAAGCGCUAUCCUAGCAGUGUGAAGCAGCUGCAGGAGCAUUCGGCAGCAGCCCGCAAACGCCGCAAGAAAGCUAGAGAGACGGAGCGCACCCUGAGCUCUCCACUUCAGGAGUACUAUGUGGACUACAAGCCCACCAACUCUGAGGCCAUGGAUGUGCUUGUGAAUGGGACCGGACCCUGCACCUAUACCAUCUCAGGCUCCCGAGAAUGCGAGGUCCCCCACCAGUUGGGUGCGUUGACCUUCUACCGCUACGAGCAGCCUAUUGUGGACUACUGCCAGGCCCAUCAACCCCUGCGGCUCAACAUGGGCUAUGAGGGACCCCCACAGGGCCUGGAGGGCCUGGGGCCGUGUGAUAGGGGCACCAUACAGACAGUGGCGCUGCCGGCCGUGCCCUCCGCUGCCAGCAUAGGUGCCCCCGUGCCAGGGCCUCGCUCUCCUCCGCCGCCCCUCAGACCACCGACGGAAGGUCCCAGUGGCGGUCCUUUCCUCCCCGCCGAGCGCACCGGCACGCUCAAAUUCGGACGCUAGCGGGCCGAGCUCAGUUCAUGGAAGUGGGCCAAGGGCCUCUGAAUCAACGUGACUUUGUAACGAAGGGGCAGGCGAGCUGGUUAUUCAGUGGGGCCUUGUUUUCAGAACAAGAGUAUGUGAACUAGAGGACAAAACAUUUUUAUAAUUCUGCCUGGAGGGAUUUGGCAUCUGAAACACACAGUCUCACUAAUAUACAGUAGAGGGUGAGACAUCCUUGCAGAUGAUUUUUAUUUCUUUUUCCAAAGCACCUCAUAUAAAUCUACUGAAUCACGGGAGGUAAUACAGCAUUAUGACAGAAACAAAACGCAUUACCUUGUUUCCACAUCCGGUCUUUGCCAUAUUUUGCCAUAUCCCAUCAUGGGGCACCUGUUCACAGCAGUCCACGUGCACUGAGACAGGAGUGAAAGGGGAAGUGCAAUAAACACGAGGUCUCGAUCAUGUGAAGGCAGUAAAGUAAAACAGAGAGGUGGAGCUGGACAUCAUGUGAAGGGGCUUCUUACUGUGAUUAUAAUUAAAAUAUCGAGUCAGUGUUUCAUAAAGAUGACACGUUCUCCCGAGACAAUUUCAUAGAAUUUCUCGAUCCUUUUGUCUUACUUUCUUUUGCUUCGUUAGAUGUGGGACUUCAUGCUGAAUUCCAUUAAUGUGCAUGUCAAACCAAAGAGUUUACUUCUAUGUUUUUUUUCAUUUUUUUUUAAUGCACAUUAGCUACUUUAGCUGGGGGCAUUCUUAAAAUGCCAGUUGAUCUACUACAAUAGCUUCUGCCAACUCACAUUCACAUUUACAACCAAAACCCCCCCGUUGGUUUCAGACGGACUGGGCUCGUCUCAACAGAUAAGCAGAGUAACAGUACGAUAAAUACGAGUGAGGUAAUGGAACUCAAAUUUUAAAUAUACAUGUAUAUUUAUCAUGAUGAUUGCCUGGUCCUCCCAACAUCAAUUUUAACUGGUGACACUACAAAACAGCAACACACCACGCAAACAUUUUAGAGGAGAUGUUAUGGGCGUGUUCCAUAAAAUUUCCAUAAAACUCCCUUCUCGCAGAAGAAUGGCAGGUUUUUGUAUAUGAUUACAUCCCAGCUGAUUGACUUCACUAUGCUUUAAAGAGGUCAUCAUGGGGAAUUCAUGGUGGCAAAAUAAGUACAUGUGAAUGCAAAGUAUUGUACAUAUUCUUACAAAAAAGGUCCACUUUACUGAAGGUCGAACCACUCUCACUGCCCCAAACGGUCAUUUGAAACAUCGUCGAGUCAAUGUCUGACUUUUAUCACACUGGACAAUUCAGAGAGCACCAUCUUGCUGGGUUGGCAAGGCUCUGGCCAUGUGCUCCCGCCCCACCCCCCCU